AUGCCUAUUUCUUGCCGACCUACGGAGACUGUUUGUCGCCUUCUUCAAUCGCAGAACUGUCGUUCGAGGAAACGGAAAUUGUCAAUCGAGUGUUCCCAUAAUCAAAUUCGAACUCUGCGGACAUGUAAGAACUGCAAAUCACAGUUCGAGCCUUGCCUCAAUCAUCCUCGUGCUUGCCGCUAUCACCCUGCUCAUUUUGGGGGUGAAACAAAGAGAAAAUUCGAGAGCGUUUACACGGGUGGUACUAUGGAUACUCCAGAAUCUGGAAAAGUAUUCCAGUACUGGCAUUGUUGCGGGUCUGAGAAUCCCUUUGAUCCUGGGUGCACGGCAGCACCUCAUAUUUGUUAUGAUGAUUGA